AUUUCUUCCCUCUCCGUAACAGAAACUAUCAGGCCCACAUGGAUGUUUCUGAAAGCCCAGAGCAAAACCCCCGCUCUCUUGAUGAGAAGGAGGAGGAAGAAGAGGAGGAAGACCAGCAGGUAUCUGAUGAUGAAAUCCUGAAAGAGAGCGGCUCAGACCUCGAGCAGGAUGGAGAGGAAGGGCAGGAUGCCCUUUUGGAAGAAGAGCCAGAAAAUGCGGCCAGAGCAUUGAAUCAGGAGGAAGAGGAGGAGAACCACUCCGAGGAAGAGGACUGCUUGAGUGAAGCCAAGUCGCCAGAUUCUGACAAAAACCAGCCCAACAGGGAGCCAAACGUCAAGGCAGAAGAGAGGGCCAAUGACCUUGGGGAUGAAGCCUCUUCUGUCACUCGCGAGCUGGAUGAGCACGAGUUGGACUACGACGAGGAGGUUCCAGAGGAGCCAAGCGCCGCAGCCGCUGACGACGAGACCGACAAGGCUGGGGGAGAGGAGGAGGAAGAGGAGGAGAAGGGAGACGAAGCCCCCGAGGACGAGAAGAAGUCUGGUGUCAAGAGUGAUGACGAAAAGGACGGGCAGGAGCCCCUCAAGGAGAAGAAGAAAGAGGAAGACGAUGGAGAAAUUGAUGACGGCGAGAUCGAUGACGACGACCUAGAGGAGGGAGAGGUGAAAGAGCCCAGUGACAGGAAAAUGAGGCCACGGUCCAUCUGCCGCUUCUUCAUAAAAGGUCACUGUACUUGGGACAUAAAUUGCAGGUUUAUUCAUCCUGGCCUGAACGACAAAGGAAACUACUUCUUGAUAUCUAAGCAAGACCCUUUCUCGCCCAACGGCGCCCCACCUAUCGGCCCUGGCCCUCACCCACUGAUGCCAGCCAAUCCUUGGGGAGGGCCAACUGUGGAUGAAAUAUUGCCGCCGCCGCCACCAGAUCCCCCGACGGAGAGUGCCUGGGAAAGGGGACUUCGCCAAGCUAAAGAGGUUUUGAAAAAGGCCACAAUGAGGAAAGAGCAGGAGCCAGACUUUGAGGAGAAACGGUUUACGGUGACCAUCGGGGAGGACGAGCGUGAGUUUGACAAGGAGAAUGAAAUCUUCCAAGACUGGAACUACCGGAUCACUCGAGAUGUCCGGGACUCAACCGAGGUGGACAUCAAAGAGAACACGAACUAUGGGCUUGACCCCUAUGCGGAUCCCUCUUACGAUUAUGAUAUAGAGCGUUUUUGGAGAGGUGGGCAGUACGAGAACUUCAGGGUGCAGUACACAGAUCCAGAUCCGUACCGGAACUAUCGGCUGAGUAAGGAACGAGAAAGAGAGCGGGAGCGGGAGAACCGGCAGCGCGAACGGGAGAGGGAGCGCGAGAGGGAACGGGAGCGAGAACGGCGGCAGAGGGAGCGGGAGCGCGAAAGGGAGCGCGAGCGUGACAAGGAGCGGCAGCGACGGAAAGAGGAAUGGGAGAGAGAGCGGGAACGCAUCAAGAGGGAUGAGAAGGACCGGCAGCACCGGGACCGAGAGAAGGAGCGGGAGAAAGAGAAACCAAAACCACGAUCACCACAGCCACCAAGCCGCCAGCCACGAGCCCACCCAGACCAGGGAGAGGGGAGACCACAAAAGGAAGGAGACCAGAAGAAGCGGUCCUCUUUGGCACUAUGCACGCCCCUCUGUUCUGCCUAA